AAGUUGUGUUGUAUGCAUGUGAGUUGCUUGAUGUAGCCGUUAUCACAACAGAUCAUCAAACGAGAGACUUUGGCCAGAGAGAAGUGCGAUUACUGUACUUCGGAGCAAAUUCGCUCUGUUUUGUUUUGUUUUACGGCUUUUUAAUCGUUUAUUUAUCAUCGGAGUUCGUCACUCUUUCUUCCAGGAUGGUUAAAGUCUCUUUUAGCUCUGCUUUGGCUCAGAAAGAUGUGAAAAAGGACGCCGAAAAUCUCAUUCCCGAGGAGGACAAAGAUGCGGAGGCGGCUGUGUCGGUGCGCCACCAGUCCCGGGCUUGGUGCUGGUGCAUGUGUCUGGGUCUGGCCCUCAUGCUGUCUGGGGUGGUGGUUGGUGGAGCGUACCUGUACCGCUUCUACAUCGUGGAGGUGAGCUACCACCGGCAACAAGGGUGGGACCAAGAGGAGGGCCGGUAUUUUGUGUGUGGGGUGAACUACCGUGAGGAAGACUUCAUGGUCCUGGACGAAGAAGAGGUGGAGGUGGAUCUGCCAAACCAGUUCCACCUGCGUCUGCUGGAGGAGCGGAUCCGCGUGCUUGAGGAGGAGCAGGUGGAGCUCAUUACCGUCCCUGUGCCCGAGUUCGGAGACGGAGACCCAGCUGACAUCGUCCAUGACUUCCAACGGAGGUUGACCGCCUACCUGGAUCUGAGUCUGAACAAGUGCUACGUCAUCCCGCUCAACACCUCCAUCGUCAUGCCUCCCAAGGACUUCUUGGAGCUGCUUGUCAACGUCAAGGCCGGCACCUACCUGCCCCAGUCCUACCUGCUCCAUGAGGAGAUGAUUGUGACGGAGCGCCUGGAGCACGUCGACCAGCUCGGCUACUUCAUCUACAACCUCUGCCGCGGCAAAGACACCUUCAAGCUGCAGCGCAGAGAUCGGAUUCUGGGUAUGCAGAAGCGUGAAGCUCCGAACUGCCACAAGAUUCGUCACUUCGAGAACAAGUUUGUGGUGGAAACUACGAUCUGUGAGCCUUAAAGAGGCCUUGCCGCCUCGCAACUGCUCUUAAAGUGAGAUCUGUGUUCAUAAUCCUCACCUGUCUCUAUUUCUGUCCUUUACGUCAGGUAGUUUGAGUGAGUUAAAGGAGUGAAAUGUGAAGCUGUUAAGCUGGUAAAUAUUAAUUGAUUGUGAUGGGGGAAAAAAAGGAUUUGUGUAUUUUUUUCACUUUUCUGUACACGGGGACUUUUCAUGAUAUAACUAGUUAAGUCAGCUAUAAGAUAUUAAAUUAUUUUACUCAAAUCAAAACUGCAAUUAUAGCAUGAACACGUAAUUUAAUAGACAAAAUGUGGACAUAGUUGUCCCUUCCUUCAGUCAAAGCCUACAUUUUCCAGAGACUUUUGUACCACUCCUCCUGGUUGUUGAAGCAGAUCAGUCCAGGGAGACUUUUGUAUUUUGUUCUGCUGUAGCUAUUAAUACACUGCACCUGUUCUUUCUUAACUGGAAAAUUAUCUUAAAAUAAGAGUGUGGACACAUGCUGCUCGCUAAGCUUUAAAAGUAACUACAGAAAUAGGAAAAUGAACUGCACAGCAGUGUUAUACGCACACUUAUGUUAAAGUAUUUUUCUCAAGGGUUAUCUGGCUUUUAUUGAAUGUGUAAUUUUGUUUUUGGAUAACUCUUCUUGUACUUAUUUGUGUAUAUAAUCUCUUAUAGGAUUUGAACAGACCAACACAAUAAACAAAAUCCAAACAAC